AUGACUUCCCUCCCCCUCUCCAUAACGGUCCCCGCGGCCGCAGCAGCAGCCGCCUACCUAAACGCCCGCACCCAACUCUACUACGACCUGCACCUCCUGCGUUCCAUCGUCCCCACGCUCGCCCUCAAAACUUGGCAUACAGCCCGCGGACGCCUGAACAUGUUCUACCGCCUCGAAGACCUCGCCCUCUCUCCCCCCUCAGCCAACCGCAUCUUCCUGCGCUUCGAAGACAAGACAUAUACCUACGCGCAGGCAUAUGAUACUGUUUUGCGGUACGCGACGUGGUUGAGGGAGAAUCGGGGGGUCAAGAAGGGCGAGAUGGUGGGGUUGAUGUGGCAGAACACGGAUACGCUGAUUUUUCUUGCAGUGGCGCUUUGGGCAUUGGGCGCGGUGCCUGCGUUGUUGAACUAUAAUUUGACGGGGCAGCCGUUGGUACAUUGUGUGAAAAAGGCGAGUGCGAGGCUUGUGCUGGUAGAUCCUGUUGUUGCGAGCAAUGUGACGGAGGAAGUGAGGGCCGAGUUGAAGGACACAAAGUUUGAGGUUGUGACGGAGGAGUUGGAGAGGCAGAUGCUAUAUUGUGAUGCGGUGCGGCCGCCGGAUGAGGUGCGGUCGGAUGUGACGGGGAAGGAUAUGGCUAUGCUUAUUUAUACGAGUGGUACGACCGGCUUGCCCAAGGCCGCUAUUGUCAGCUGGGACAAGGUCGUUGUUGUGGCGGGGUUUACGUCGCGGUGGAUUGGGACGACGAAGAAUGAUGUUUUCUACACAGCAAUGCCCCUCUACCACACAACAGCUAUGUGCCUUGGCUUCGCGCACACCCUCGCCGCGGGCGGUACCUUCGCCAUCGCGCGCAAAUUCUCGACGCGCACCUUCUGGGACGACGUGCGCAAGCACGGCGCAGACAUCAUCCAAUACGUCGGCGAGACCUGUCGCUACUUACUGUCAGCGCCCCCCAAGAUCGACCCUCAGACCGGUGAGAACCUGGACACCAAGCACAAAGUGCGCAUCGCCUUCGGCAACGGCUUGCGUCCGGACGUCUGGAACCGCUUCAAAGAGCGGUUUGGGAUCGAAACCAUCGCGGAGUUUUAUGGCGCUACAGAGGGGAACUUUGCGACGUGGAAUCUGUCGAGGAAUGAGUUCAGUGUCGGGGCGAUCGGACGGGCCGGGUCGCUUUAUAACAUCAUCAUUGGAAGGACGAUUGCCGUCGUGCAAGUCGAUCCGGACACUGAAGAACCAAUGAGAGACCCCAAAACCGGCUUCUGUCGCCGGGCACUUCUCAACCAGCCCGGCGAACUGCUCUUCAAACUACCCCCUAAAAACGUCGAGGCCCGCUUUCAGGGGUACUUCAAAGACAGCUCCUCGACCUCGAAAAAGAUCAUGCGCAACGUUUUCAAAAAGGGCGAUGCCUGGUUCCGGACAGGGGAUAUGGUCCGUUGGGACGGCGAAAACCGAGUCUUCUUCUCCGACCGGCUGGGCGACACAUUCCGGUGGAAGAGUGAGAACGUGAGCACCGCCGAGGUAGCACAAGUCCUGGGGCAACACCCCGCUGUCUUGGAGGCGAAUGUCUACGGGGUGAAACUUCCCCGUCACGAGGGUCGUGCUGGAUGUGCGGCCAUUGUGUUUAAACCCGAGACGCUUGUCGCCGGCAAAGAGAAACCCACGCCGACGGAGGAGACGCUGAAGAGUUUAGCUAGUUAUGUGAGGGAACGGCUGCCGAAGUAUGCGUUGCCCAUAUUCAUUCGGGUCGUGAAAGGGGAUGCGAUGCAGGCGACGGGAACGAAUAAGCAGGUGAAGACGGUGCUGAGGCAAGAAGGCGUUGAGCCGGGGAAGGUGACCGGGGGUGAUGAAGUGUAUUGGUUGAAGGGGGAGCAGUAUGUGAGGUUUGAGACGGGCGAUUGGAGGGCUCUGGAAGGGGGACGGGCAAGGUUGUGA